AUGAACCCAGUGGAAGUAUUUCCUUUAAAUUUAUUGAGUCACAAUCAUAAUCACAUAACUAAUAAUCCAGUGCUAGUUCUCCAUUAGCAAGUGAGAGACAAAAAUAAGGGAUAAUAAUAUCCAUCAGAACGAUUUAAUAUUAUAAAUAUGUCUACUGUGAUAAAUGGGCAAUAAUAAGCAAAGGAGUAAAAUGCAACUGAAUAGAUAUUCUACUGCAAGUAAUGGGAUAUCGGAUGUUAAAGUGAAAAUGAUACAACAAUAGAGGUUAUCUUUAUUGUAGCCAAGUAGUUACAAAAAUAUAUAUAGGUACCAUCUCCAACAAAAUUACAUAAUUUAAAAAAAGCAGAAAGUACAUCAAGUUAGAACAUCUUAUAAAAAAUCGAUAUAGGAUUAGCUUAGAAAAGAAGUAAAAGAACGGAUGCAAGCAAUGAAGUUACACCAUCAAGUAGAGCAUAAAUAAUUAAAUUACUUCAAGAUACCUCCCCUAAACAAAAAGCUAAUUUUUCAAGAGCAAAAAUGGCAUCAUAAACAGUUGAUUAAGUUACAAGCAUAAAGCCAAAAAUGCCAUAAUAAAUGGUAAUGUUACUUGGAAGAUCAACAAGCUAGGCAACAUUAGUGAAUAACCUUACCAAUGAAUGUGAGAUGUAAGAUUACGUUUAAUUGUUCUUUUCAAAGUCUCAUAGUUAUAAAUUAAGGUCUCAAGCUGGUUAAAAUGGAAAUGGUCAAAAGAAAACCAAUUAUGAUAGUGUUGUAAUUACCAAUAAUUUAGGUGGAGUCAAAAACGAAUACAUUUUCUCAGUUUGUGAUGGACAUGGAGUCUAUGGACACUAUUUUAUAAAAAAUUUUAUUGGAAAAUAAGAAUAAGAUAUAAGUGAAGCUUACGAAUCUGAAAUAUAAAAGGUUUUGAAUUAGAGUUUUAUUAAAAUGACAAAGGAUUUGUCAAAUUCUGGAAUUGAUAUUACUUUUAGUGGAACAACAUGUUCUUUGGUUUUGGUUUCUGGGCUUCAUUUAUAGUGUGCAAAUAUUGGAGAUUCUAGAUCGGUAAAUGGGAUAGAUAAUAAUAAUUAGAUUUUAUAGAAUAACAAAAUUUUAAUAAUGGAGUUGUCCAAUGAUUAUAAACCUGAUUUACCUUCAAAGUUUGAAAGGAUCAUAUAAAUCGUGGAAGAGUUGAGCCAUAUAUUAUAGAAACUGGAGAAAAAAUUGGUCCAGCAAGAGUUUUGGCUAUAGCAUGAACAAAUUCCAGGAUUAGCUCUAAGCAGGUCUUUUGGAGAUUAUGGUGCUUCAACAGUACGUGUUAGUUCAGAACCUGAAAUCAUUCAUUACAAAAUGGAAUCUAAUUAUGCAUUUUUGGUGGUAGCAAGCGAUGGAGUUUGGGAGUUUUUUUCAAAUGAAAAAAUCUAAAAAUUGUUAUAUCCCAUUAGAAUAGAUGACAUAUGUGAAAUCAUCGUUAGAGAGUCAACCAAAAGAUGGUAAGAAGAAGAUGAAGUUAUUGACGACAUAUCUAUUGUUAUUGCAUAUCUCCACAGGUAAUGA